GGGUGGAAUCUGGGACUGACUGCACCCUUCCCAAAGUUGCAGGAGGCUCGAAGAUGGUCAAAAGGAAAGGGUCAACAAGCCAGGCUCCAGCCCAAACUUGCAGCAAAAGGUUAAAGGAGGAAAGCAACAGAACUAAAGCUACCAGAGGGCGUCCAGCCAAGUGUGCAAAAGCCGCCAAGCAGCUGCCACCUGAUGAUGAUAGCCAGGACUUCGAACCUGAAAAGCCUUUGUCGAAACCCAAAGUCCGCAGAACGGGAGCAGCGAGUCCGGCGGUUUGCCCGACCCCCAGGGAUAAUAGCACCAGAGGGAAAAAACCGUCAAAGGCCAGGGGGAGCGAGAGAUGCCCCUCUGUCAAGAAAGAAGGUGGUAAAGAGACGAAAUGCAGCGCAGCUGCCGCUGGGAGUUUGAUAGACCAAAUGAAGAAGGAGAAAGAGAGCAGUUCCCAGGAGGAUGAUAGUACAGAGGACAGUGAAGAUGACUGGGAAGAAGUGGAAGAGCUGCAUUAUGUUGUGCCAGAGGGACCAUCGGCCUCUCCCUUUCCUGAAACAACCCUUCCUGCAAAGACGCUGGAGAUUGAAAUCGAAAGUCCAGCACAUGCCAAGAAACUAGAGAGAAGGGAGAAGAAACAGGUUGAAUUUGAGGACUAUCUCCGUCGAAUGAUAAACCGUUUCACUAGGAACCUGCGCAUGGACAUUCACAAGGUGCACCUUCUGUGUCUGUUGGCCAAUGGGCUGUUCCGGAACAGGACGUGCAAUGAGCCGGAACUUUGGGCCAUGGCGCUGUCCCUGGUGCCUACCGAAAUCGCCAAGGUGCCAGGCGGCCGUGUGAAGAUUCCAUACAUCUCUAAACUGCUCAAGUGGUUUGUCUCAGCCUUUGAGAUUGACCCCUCCCUCCCCAGUGACGAGAAGGACUCGCUGCUCACAGUGCUGAAGAGGAGAUUCAGCAGCCGUUCUGCAAGGAAUGAGCAAGAAAUGGUUCACUUGCUUCUAAUCACCCUUCGAGCUCUGCCUUUGGAAUCACGCCUAGUGAUUUCACUUCAACCUGUUCCAUUUAAAGAAAGUUUGAAAGCGAAAAACCCAAGGGGCAGCAAAUCCAAAGAUAGUUCCCGGCAAACCCAUAAUUCAGCACCCGACACGAAACAUGAAUCUGUGUCUGAGAAAGGAGCAAAGGGAGUUGCAGUAAUUAAGCAGGAGGGGGAGCAGGAUGGUUCAGUGAAGACCCUGACUAAAGGUGAAGACAAACCACAACAGGCAGCCAAAAUGAGCCAGGCUAAACAUGUGAACAGGAGAGGAAAUACUAGAGGAAGAAAGAGUGUCAAAAAUGUUGAUGGAGCUUCUGCUGAAUCUGGAUUUGAGGAUGAACAGUGUCCAAUGUCCAAAAAACCAGAGACUCCAAGGCCAAAGAAUGACCGCCAACGGAGAGUCGCUUCGAAAGUAUCUUAUAAGGAAGAGGACACUGAAGGAGAUGAUGACAGCGAUUCUGAUUUUGAAGUUGUUGGUGGUUCUGAUACUAGCAGUGACUCAGAUGAAGAUAAUCCCUCUUCUGAAGGGAGCAAGAGAGUCCCUUCACGAACAAAGACUCCCCAAGGAAGACAGACAGUCCAAGCAAAGAGCAAAAACACAAUCUUGAGGACUCCAAAACACGAGGAGGACAGUGAGGAAGAUUUCUUUGAGAGCAAUCCAGGGAAAAUCAAUCUAGGUAAGAGAAGGUCCUCAAAGUGCAACAAGGCCAGAAGCAGAGAUGAAAAAGUGGGGUUGAUGAGUGAGGUGUCUCUGAAUUCGAAGGCUUCAGAUCAAUGGAUUGAGGUUUACGCAGAGGCUGAGAAGAAAUGGGUUGCAGUUGACUGCGUGCGCAACAUUUUGAACCAGCCAGAACUUUGUGCCAAACACGCCUCCAAACCACUCUCCUACAUCAUCAGCUUUGACAAUGAGAGUUGUGUGAGAGAUGUUACCCAGCGGUAUGACCUGGCUUGGAUGACUGUAACGAGGAAACACCGCGUUGACCCUGAAUGGUGGGAUAAAACUUUGGCAGCGUACAAAAGCAACUGUACAGAACGUCAGAAAGAGGAAGACCUAGAGUUGCAAGCCAAGUUACUUGAGCGACCAUUGCCCACUUCUGUGGGUGAGUAUAAAAACCACCCUCUCUACGUGCUGAAGAGACAUCUGUUGAAGUACGAGAUCCUGUAUCCCCCGACAGCGGCUAUCCUGGGCUACUGCAAAACAGAGGCUGUCUAUUCAAGAGACUGCGUACAAACACUUCAUUCCAAGGACCUCUGGCUGAAGGAAGCCCGGGUGGUGAAAGAUGGAGAGAUACCCAGCAAGAUGGUGAAAAGCCAAUCUAACCGAGCAAGGCGGGCACGAUCGGUGAAUUGGGAAGAUCGGGACAAGGACGACCUGGGAUUGUUUGGGCACUGGCAAACAGAGCCUUAUUCUCCUCCGAGUGCCGUCAAUGGGAAGGUCCCCCGGAAUGAUUUUGGAAACGUCUAUCUCUUCAAACCCUGUAUGCUUCCUGUAGGCUGCAAGUGCCUGAGGGUCCCCAACAUCAACAAAGUGGCCCGGAAACUGAACAUCGACUGUGCAGCGGCAGUGACAGGAUUUGAUUUCCACAAGGGACAUUCGCAUCCCAUAGUUGACGGGUAUGUUGUCUGUGAAGAGUAUGUGGAGACUUUGCUGGCAGCCUGUGAGGAGGAAGAGGCAGAAAUGGCAAAGAAAGAACAACAGAAACGGGAACAACGUGUAAUGGGAAACUGGAAGUUGUUGGUGAAAGGACUGCUCAUCAGGGAAAGGUUGAAGGCACGAUUCAAUACAAAGGAUGUUGCUACCCUGAAUUCGAGUCAGGAGGUGGGCGUAGGCUGCUCAUCUGAGGAGGGAGGCCACACUGAUUCCGCCCAAGCUAGUGACCUGACCUCCUCCUGGCCCUUGAACAGGCAGGAGGUGAGAACGAAGAGCAAGAGGCAGAGGAGAGGGGAGGAGAAGCAUCUCUUCCCAUUCGAGAAGCUCUGAUACCAAGUGACUGCCACAACAGGGUUUGAGAGUCAAGCAUUUCGUGUCUCGCUUGGUAGCAGUAGAACCGGGGGGUGGUGGGGGGGGACUUCCACGCCAACCUGAGGGGACAGGUUGCCACGGUGACUGCUCAGGAUACCCCAUAGUUUAGUAUAUCACAGAACGCACAAGACAAGCUAUCUGUGGUUGGUUAGUUAGUCGUAGUUAGCACCAGUUAGGCUGAUGAUCCUCUUUUCUCUUUGUUGUUAUGGAGCUGGGGACAACCUGGGCUCCGGGAGACUGUGUAGGGUGAGGAACUGGCGGGGGGGUGGGGGGGAAGCAGGGGGUGGGUGCAAGGAGAGGUUUGAACCCAAUCGCUCACGUUGCCGGCACCCCUCGGGGAAGGGGGACAGAACCCCCCACCCCCCGCCCCCCGAUUAACUGGCACAGUGGGGAACCCCUGAGCCCAAAGCAAAGCCAAUAACCACGAGUGGAAAAACUAAAUUCCAAUUCUUUUCCCGCAUGGAAUUCCAAAAUUUUACUACCCUUUAGGGGUCAGAUUCCGUAAUUCCUUCCAAAUUCCCAUGGAAAGCAUCAAGCUACGGCUGGGACUCUUUUUGAACGGUUGGGGGGUGGGGGCUGAAAAGCUCUGGUGAAUUUUUGAACGAAGGUUGGUUGGGUGCAGCUCAGGGCUGAUAGCAAACGUGGGACCGGGCCAGUUUGUGGUGGCACAGACCCUUUCUGCUUAGAUUUGAUUAAAAAAUGGCCGGGUGGGGGUUUGGAUUGAAUGGACUGUGGUCACCCUACGGAGAGAGAGAGAGGGGGUGGAUGUGUGUCAGUGGCUGCUGCUUAUAACAUUAGGAGGAGUAUUAAUAAUUCAACAGUCAUGCAAAACAGGCCCCAGGGACCUCCAACAAUUCGUCUGUGCAGAGCAGGACCCACUCGCUUGUGCACAUGGAUGCUUCUGAGUUUGGUUGACAGAGUCCCAGAGCAUAGAACCUUGCAGCUAUUAAGAUUGAGGAAAGAUGUGAGAUAACGGAGAGGGCUAAGGUAUGGAGAGUGGGAGGGCAGAGAGUUCUAAACCCGAGAAGGAAAAUUACAGGCCAAAAAAAAAAACCACAAGCAUAAUUUCCUUACAAAAUGAACUGGAGGCUUUUAGCAUCUUUCCAACCCCUCACUGGGAUCAUUAUCCAAUGUACGUACAUGUGUGGCUGCUCCCAGUGGGUAGAGAGAUGCUGCUCAUGGUCGCAGAGCUCAGGCACCUCUCUCUCUGGUACCUGGGCUUCACAGACCAUCCUGAUUCUUGAAGUCUGGGGCCUGCAUGCUGACAGGCUAUUCCACCAUAGUGAGCUUCACAGCUGACCCUGCUCCCUGUUCUCACCCAAGAUCCACAUGCAGACAGUUUCUGAAAGGAAUCACUGGAUUAUCAGAGGCUGCAACCCUAACCGGGAUUUAUCCCCUUAUGCCCUCAGUCAGGGGCUGAAAUUCUGCUGUCACAGCCAGACAAGAGAUUCGAUAACCAGACACAGGACCAAAGUUUAUUUCUUAGCCCGCAAGUUAACCAGUUCUUGCAAGAUCAUGUUUUUCAAUUUAAAACAAAACUCCACCGUCCCCCUCCCCCUCCCAUGAAAAUAUUGCAUACUCCGUCUGAUCUGAUACCUCUUCAAGUAUUACCAAAUCCAGUUUGGGAUCUGUGUAUAUUCUGAACUAUUGAUUUCUUAUGGAAAAUAAAAGUGUGUUGAUUUGUAAUGAAA